CUUCUUUUCGCGAAAUCAAUUCAUUGCCGCACAGCGUAUACACCAUCUAGUCAGCUGACUUGUUACCAGGGCAUCCGCCCGUGCGCGCGCGUAUGUGACCGAUCAAAGGCUUGUAUUUGCGUAGCGCAUUCGCCUCGGGCGGCUAGUGGGGUCGGGAGACCAAAGCGACGGAGUCAAAGUUUCACGGUGCCUCGAGAAAGGCUUUAUCUCCGCGACCAAUCAAGUGCGCGCGAUCUGCCGAGCGGCACGAGGACGUACACUGGGGAUAGAUAAAGAGAGAGAGAGAGCAAACGGAUCAAAAAGCAUGAGACCGCGCUAGAUCGAUUGGUCUUAGCUUAGUGUAGCGUGAACGUCGCGUCGCGCGAAUUGGCACGCACGUGAGCACCGCAAGAUAUCCGUCCUCCCACGCACGCACGCACGCACGCACGCACGCACGCACGCACGCACGCACGACGCGCUAGGAACUUUGUGUGGCGACGCUUCCGGAACGAGACUCUCGUGAAGAGCGCGACUGACUUGGUUUUGCGUUUACAAAUCGUUUGUGCACAACGGCGUGACUGCAAUCAUGGUGGAGGGCAGAAAAAAAAGCAUCCAGAACGGACUGCUCAGCAACGGAAUUCACCGAAAAAACUCGGCGGUGCGACUGCAGAUCGUGCCGGCGCAGCCGAAAAAAACGAUCACGCACCUGCCGAAGAGGCCGCCGGUCGACUUGGCGUUCACCGACCUCACUUACAAAGUCCAAGAACGCAAAAAUACAAAGACGAUACUAAAAUCCGUGAGUGGCAGACUGCGAUCCGGCGAGCUGACGGCUAUCAUGGGCCCUUCUGGCGCAGGAAAAUCGACGCUCCUAAACAUCCUCACCGGAUAUAAAACGUCCGGUUUGGAAGGCAGCAUCACAAUGAACGGCCAUGAACGAAACCUCAGCGUUUUCAAGAAACUCUCAUGCUACAUCAUGCAGGAUAAUCAACUUCACGCGAAUUUAACGGUGGCGGAAGCUAUGAAGGUCGCGACGAAUCUCAAGCUCGGCUCGCACAUUGACAAAACAGAGAAGGAAGAAGUGAUUGAGGAAAUCCUCGAAAUUCUCGGUUUGUCCGAACACCGUAACACCAUGACGUCGAAUUUGAGCGGAGGUCAGAAGAAAAGGCUUUCAAUCGCCUUGGAAUUGGUCAACAACCCGCCCGUAAUGUUCUUCGACGAGCCUACCAGCGGCCUCGACUCCUCGUCCUGUUUCCAAUGCAUUUCGUUGCUGAAGACCUUAGCGCGAGGCGGCCGAACGAUCGUCUGCACGAUUCAUCAGCCGAGCGCGCGAUUGUUCGAGAUGUUCGACGCUCUUUACACGCUAGCAGAGGGCCAAUGCAUUUAUCAGGGCUCCACGUCUCAAUUGGUGCCUUUCCUAAGCACAAUUAAUCUUAAUUGCCCAAGCUAUCACAAUCCCGCGUCGUUUAUAAUCGAGGUAUCUUGCGGCGAGUAUGGCAACAACAUCAAGAAGUUGGUGAACGCGAUCAAGAACGGCAAGUACGACAUACGCGAGGGUCACAUGCUUUCCGACACGAAGGAGGGUCUGAACAAUUGCUCCGCCUCGGCGGAAAUUUUGAAAAACGGCGACACGAUCGACAAGAUCAAAAUGAAGGACAAAAACGACGUGAGUAAUCUGGAGGAGAAAUUCUCGGAAGAAAAGCUGACGGAAAUUGCCAAUGGAAAACUCAUCACCAGCUACACUGCGAAUGAUAUCACUAAAGAAGCGAUGGACAUCGCGAUACCCAUAGACACUUUGGACAAAAAAGAUAAUGCGGAUAUGGCCUUGCUCGAGGAUUCCAUCGCUGUGACACCAGAGAGAUAUCCUGUGUCGGAAUUUAAGCAGUUCUUCAUUAUACUCAAGCGUGCUUUGCUAUUCAGUCGCAGAGAUUGGACUCUAAUGUAUCUCCGGUUGUUCGCCCAUCUUCUGGUGGCUAUGCUGAUCAGCGCGCUGUAUUACAACAUCGGAAAUGACGGCGCCAAAGUACUCAGCAAUCUGGGAUUCUUGUUCUUCAACAUGCUGUUCCUCAUGUACACUUCCAUGACCAUCACCAUUCUGUCUUUCCCGUUGGAGAUGCCCGUGCUUUUGAAGGAGCACUUUAACAGAUGGUACUCUCUCAAAUCGUAUUACCUAGCAAUGACAAUCUCGGACAUACCGUUUCAGACUAUAUUUUGCACAAUGUACGUCACGAUCGUGUACUUUGUGACGAGCCAGCCGGCGGAAUUGAUGCGAUACUCCAUGUUCCUCAGCACGUGUCUGCUGAUAUCGUACGUCGCGCAAUCGGUAGGCCUCGUGGUCGGCGCCGCGAUGAACGUGCAGAACGGCGUGUUCCUGGCUCCGGUGAUGUCGGUGCCGUUCCUACUUUUCUCGGGCUUCUUCGUUAGCUUCGACGCGAUUCCCGUCUACCUGAGAUGGAUCACGUAUCUGAGUUACAUCAGAUACGGGUUCGAGGGAACCGCCUUGACAGUCUACAGCUACGGUCGGCAGAAACUCAAGUGUUUCCAGGUUUACUGCCAUUUUAAGAAUCCGGAAACGACGCUGGAGGAAUUGGACAUGCUCGACGCUGACUUCACUCUGGACAUUCUCGCUCUUCUUCUCAUAUUCGUCGUGCUGCGAGUCGCCUCGUACCUGUUUCUCCGUUGGAAGAUCAAGAACGUCCGGUAGAUCCUUCUCCGUUACGUAUCCGCGGUUGUACAUGAACGUGCGGGACCUCGGCGACGAAAGACAAAGACAAACGCGCGCGCGCGUUAAAUGUUAAGCAAGCGAGUGUUUUUUCAAAUUUUUGUUUCUACCACCUAAGAACUGUGUGUAAGACACAAUGCAACAUUUCGAUGUAAUCGGUAAUCUCGUAUAUUUUAAAUGUUAAAAAAUGGCUAAGUUAUUUAUAAUGUUUCUUAAUUUAGUACAAGACACAACACAACUAAUAGAGUUACAAUUGUGUAAUAUUUGUUCAGGGUACUAUUCCAUAUAACAUUCUACGUGUAUCUUCUUUUGUUAUUAUUAUUAUUAUUAUUAUAUGGCACUACGCAUGAUAUUACGUAACGAUAACAAAUGCGAUCAAGCGGGCGAAUCGAUGAUUGAAAAGUCAAUUAUGUCAUCGAGUCGGAGCGCACAGAGACGCAAAAUGCGCGACUCGACAAAACUCGUCGAAACUGUUAAAUUGAUUUUGUCCCGAAUGUCGAUUCUGCUCGUCUCUCAUGGACGCGCACGAGGUCUUUUCUGUUUCAUCGCUCUAUUCUAUCCACCGAUGGCUGUGAGCUUACAAUGAUGCAAAAAAAAAAAAACAAAAAAAACUAAAGUGGCUAGAGUGAACAAAUGCGAUGCUUAUGUAUUUAUGAAAAAAUAGCUUCGCAUGUGCAAUGACGCGGCCCAAGGUGAUUUUGACAAACGCACGAGUUUAUCUUGCCAGAUUACUUUUGUAAAGAACCAAAUAUCGUUGACGCGUUUCCCGUCGCAAACUACACACACA